CUUAUCGUCGCCGUCCCGAUUUCACUUGGGCUCAAGAACAUCUCUCUCACUAAAAGAUUUCUUCUACUGAGCAGAGCUAUCGUCCGAAGAUAUCAUUGUUUUCUGUCGGCAAAGUUUAGAAAUCCAGUUUGUGCAAGUUCGGUUCUCCUUGUUUUUGGUGUGGUCCUUUUCUCAAAUCCAAAGCUUCUGAAGUUGUUGGUGGAAGAGAUGCUUUCAGUGUCAACGCCUUACCAUGACAAAAAUCGUUGUACUUUCAAGCUAGAGACUUCGGCUAUCAAGUCUGAUAGGUUUGUGAAAGACAAAGGUAAGCAGAAGGAGGUGAUUGUGGAAGAUCUUGAUCUCUUUGUCUCUAAACCUGUUGCAUCAACUUCUGUGGUUGAUGCUAGGAAAGGAUCUGCAAACUUUUUGAUUGUGGCUGCUUCAAGAAUUCAGGAUGAGGAUUUAUCAGAUGAGAUGCCAGAAUUGGAUAUUCUAAUUGGGUUUAACACAGGAAGUUGCGAAGCUAGUUCUUCAGGUGCAGGUUUAAAGACUUAUCAAAUGAAAAAGAUUAAUUCUUCCUGGUCUAUAAAAGGAAAACCAGGAAAGGGACUACCUUUGAAGGACAAGGUUAGUCAGAAUGCUAAGGAAGUUCUCUUUCAAGCAAAAGUUUUCAAAACUUCCGUGAAAGGAGAACUUGACAUAGAAUUUGGUGCUGAUUACCAAGAUAUCGAAGAAGCUAAAGGAGUGGUGAUUCCCAAAGCUACUUCUUUCCAAGCCUAACCGGCAACCAAUGUCGAACCAACAUCGUUAA